AUGACUGUGUGUCAAGUUGACAUUGACGUACAAAAAAACUUCAAAUUGAAAAAUCGAUACGAAUGUUAAUCGCGCGGUGUGUAGGGUAUUUUGUAAUACAGAAAGUUAGACUGAAUUAAAUCUCUAAACGCAUGGAUCUUCAAUAACUGUGAAAUUACUAAACCAUUUAAAAUGAAUGACGAGAAGCAACCACUUCUAACAGGACCUAACACUCCUAUUGAUAAUAGUGAUAUACAGAACGUCGAACUGAUUACCGAUCCAACUGUGCCUAAAGAUGAAAAAAGUAAAAGUGAAUAUCAUCCAGCAUCUGAACGGAUUUUGGAGCAUCCGACAUCAAAUUUUGAUACGAUGAUACACCUUCUAAAAGGGAAUAUUGGCACAGGUAUACUGGCAAUGCCAGAUGCUUUUAAAAAUGCUGGUCUAUUAUUUGGUGUGUUUGGUACUUUAUUUAUGGGUGCAAUUUGCACGCACUGCAUGCAUAUGCUUGUUCAGUGUGCCAAUGAACUGUGCAUAAGGAAUCAGAGGCCAGCGCUAAGCUUUUCAGAAGUUGUGGAAGAUGCAUUCACAUCUGGACCAGUUCCAUUGAGGCCUUACGCAAAGAAAAUGAAGAGAGUUAUUAAUGUAUUUCUGGUGAUAACACAACUGGGAUUUUGCUGUGUAUAUUUUCUGUUUGUUGCAACUAACCUUCAGGAUACUAUGCAUUUUUUCCAUAUAAAUCUAAGUGUUCACACUUAUUUAGCUUUAUUAUUCCCAGCGAUAUUAGCAGUGGCUAUGGUGAAGAAUUUAAAAUAUUUGACACCAGUUUCUUUAAUUGCAUCUAUAAUGACAGCUUGGGGAUUAGUUGUAACAUUCUAUUAUAUAUUGCAAGAUUUGCCACGCACUAAUACUGUGAAAGCAUUUGCAAGCUGGCAUCAACUGCCUUUAUAUUUUGGGACGGCUAUAUAUGCAUUUGAAGGCAUAGGCGUGGUUCUUCCAUUGGAAAAUAAUAUGAAGACUCCUGAAGAUUUUGGUGGCUGGUCGGGCGUUCUAAACACAGGAAUGGUGAUCGUAGCCGCGCUAUAUACCGCGAUCGGUUUCUUUGGGUACCUCAAGUAUGGUGAACAUGUACUGGGCAGUAUUACUUUGAAUUUGCCAAAUGACCUAUUGGCGCAAAGCGUUAGAGCAGUGAUGGCAGCAUCCAUCUUCUUGUCGUAUGGUCUGCAGUUCUACGUGCCAAUGAACAUCGUGUGGCCUUACGUUAAGUCCAAGCUGACUUCCGAGCGAGCGCUCAAACAUGGCGAGGCGGUGACGCGAUUCGCGCUCAUAUUCAUCACAUUUUCAGCCGCGGCGCUAAUCCCCAACUUGAGCGGUAUUAUUUCGCUGGUGGGCGCUUUCAGCAGUUCGGCGCUAGCGCUCAUUUUCCCGCCCUUCAUCGAAAUCGUAACUUUCUGGCCCGACCAGCUCGGGAAGCACGGGUGGAAAAUGUGGAAAGACAUUUUCAUCAUCAUGUUCGGCUUCACCGGGUUCGUUUUCGGCACCUACGCCAGCCUCGGAUCGAUCCUCAAAUACCCAUAAGCAUAUUUUAACCAAAGUUUAACGUAAUCCACAUGUAUUCGUGACAAUAAUUGUAUGUAGAAUUAUUUCGAACGAUUUUGCUUUUUUACGCAACUUUUAAUAGCUUAUAGGUAUCGGUAAUUUAGCAUGACGAAGCUAAACUGUUUUUUGACUAUACAUAAUUUUAGUUUUAGUUUUAUUUUAACAUUUGGAAAGGAAAGAGACAUUCAUGCAUAAUAAUUUAUUUAAAUUAUUCGUUGAUUGAUGAAAUACGUGUCUAAG